AUGGGGACUAAAAACAUAGAUCGUACAGGCUUCCCUGCAAGACCUGUUUCCAUACCUUUUGUUUCUCCCCAGAGUAUGACGCCUUUUUCAUCUAUAGGGUUCGCUGCUGCAUCAGAGCCUCCUUCUUUCCGACCUACUCCUCCUGGAACCACCGUGCCAUUUUCAUUGUCUGGACCUGGAGUUCAACCUGGGGCACCUUGUUUUAGACCUGCACCACCGAGGUUGAAUUACCCGUCCGAGCCUCUUCCUCCCCCUCCCCCGUCAGCUGUUGGGCCUUUUCAGCAUUUUCCAGCACCGUCAUUUUCCUCACCGGCUCAGCCUCCUCUUACACGACAAUCAAUUCAACCUCCUGCAUACCAAGCACGUCCUUUUCUCUCAUCUCUUUCACCUCAGCCGCAAAUGCCUAAUGCUCCAAUGGAAUCUCCACCUAUUGGUUCAAAUGUUCCCCCUCCUUCUCAAUAUCAACCAUCUUUUCCUGGAUACGCCCAUAUGCAGCCUGGUGCUGAAAUGCAUGCUCCACCUAUGCAUUCCUCUAUUCCUGCUAAUCAAGGAAAUUAUGGACCUGCAGCAUCUUCUCCUUUUUCAACUCAUCAAGGAGGCUACGUUCCAUCACUUCCAAUGGCUAAUCCAUUAGGUAUCCAGCCCACACAGCAGCCAGGAUCAAUACCCCCUACUGCUCCCAUUCAAGGCUUAACAGAAGACUUCAGUACUAUCACAAUGCAAACUCGCCCUGGAACAAUGGAAUCACUAUUUGAUCCUAAGGAACUUCCUAGGCCGUUGCAUGGUGAUGUGGAGCCAACAAAUUUGACUGAGAUGUAUCCGAUGAAUUGCAAUCCCAAAUAUCUACGAUUCACAACCAGCGGAAUUCCUAACUCCCAUUCCUUAGCUUCAAGGUGGCAUCUGCCUCUUGGAGCAGUAAUAUGUCCACUUGCCGAAUCUCCUGAUGGGGAAGUGGUGCCUAUAAUUAAUUUUGUUCCUGCUAAUGUUAUGCGCUGUAGAAGAUGCCGCACAUAUGUGAAUCCUUAUAUGACAUUCACAGACAUUGGAAGAAAGUUCAGGUGCAAUGUAUGCACCACGCUUAAUGAUGUUCCCAGUGAAUAUUAUGCACAAUUAGAUGCCACUGGCCAAAGAGUUGAUUUGAAUGAACGACCCGAGCUUACAAAGGGUACUGUAGAAUUUGUUGCCCCUACUGAGUAUAUGGUGCGGCCUCCUAUGCCCCCAUUAUAUUUCUUCCUCAUCGAUGUUUCCGUGUCUGCAGCUAGAAGUGGCAUGAUUGCGGUUGUAGCCCAAACAAUCAAGUCUUGCUUAGAUGAGCUGCCUGGCUUUUCACGAACACAAAUAGGAUUUGCAACUUUUGACAGCACUAUUCAUUUUUACAAUAUGAAGUCAUGCUUGACUCAACCACAGAUGUUGGUUGUCUCUGAUCUGGAUGACAUAUUCAUUCCGCUGCCAGAUGAUCUUCUUGUUAACUUAUCUGAAUCAAGAAGUGUGGUGGAGAGCUUCCUAGAUAGCUUGCCAACUAUGUUCCAGGACAAUGUUAAUGUGGAAUCAGCUUUUGGUCCCGCUAUUAAGGCUGCUUUAAUGGUUAUGAGUCAACUUGGAGGGAAAUUGUUAAUUUUUCAAAAUACACUACCAUCUCUUGGUAUUGGUCGCUUAAAGUUACGCGGAGAUGAUUCUCGUAUUUAUGGGACAGAUAAAGAACAUGGUUUGAGACUGCCAGAAGAACCGUUUUACAAGCAAAUGGCUGCUGAGUUGUCUAAAUGCCAAAUUUCAGCAAAUAUAUAUGCAUUCAGUGAUAAGUAUACUGACAUAGCCUCUUUAGGAACUCUGGCAAAGUACACUGCCGGUCAUGUGUAUUACUAUCCAGCUUUCCAAUCAUCUAUACAUGGUGAGAAAUUGAGACAUGAAUUAAGAAGAGACCUCACUAGAGAGACUGCAUGGGAAGCUGUAAUGCGUGUUAGAUGUGGAAAAGGUGUUCGUGUCACAACUUAUCAUGGAAACUUCAUGCUGAAGUCCACCGAUUUGUUGGCACUUCCAGCUGUAGAUUGUGAUAAAGCCUUUGCCAUGCAGUUAACACUUGAAGAGACACUAUUGACAACUCAGACAGUUUAUUUUCAAGUUGCAUUGCUUUAUACUGCAUCUUGUGGAGAAAGGCGUAUAAGAGUACACACGAUGGCACUGCCAGUAGUUACAGAAUUGGCUGAUGUUUAUCGAUUGGCUGAUACUGGUGCAAUUGUAUCUCUGUUUAGUAGGUUAGCAUUUGAGAAAACAUUGUCCCAUAAACUGGAAGAUGCACGGAGUGCGUUGCAACUGAGAAUUGUGAAAGCCCUGAAGGAGUAUCGAAAUAUUUAUGCUGUGCAUCAUCGCUCGGCCAACAGAAUGAUAUAUCCUGAGUCUUUAAAUUUUCUAAUGUUGUAUGUAUUAGCUCUUAAUAGAUCAAUGGCUCUGCGUGGAGGGUAUGGCGAUGUUUCACUGGAUGAACGAUGUGCAGCAGGACAUACAAUGAUGGCUCUUCCUAUAAAAAGAUUGUUGAAACUUCUAUAUCCUAGCUUGAUUCGACUUGAUGAAUAUCUUCUGAAGGGUACCGUACCGGCUGAUGACUUCAAAAGCAUCGAGAGAAGGCUACCUUUGACUAGGGAUAGCUUAGACUCUAGGGGCCUUUAUAUAUAUGAUGAUGGCUUCAAGUUCAAUAUAUGGUUUGGUACAGUGAUUUCACCUGAUUUUGCAAAGAAUUUACUUGGAUCAGAUUUUGCAGGAGAGUUAUCAAAGGCUACUCUCAAAGAGCAUAACAAUGAAAUGUCGAGGAGGCUGAUUAGGGUACUUGAAAAAUUAAGAAAAAGUGAUCAAGCAUUUUACCAGUUGUGCCACCUAGUGAGGCAAGGUGAACAGCCCAAAGAAGGAUUCCUCCUUCUUGCAAACCUUGUUGAGGACCAGAUGGGCAGUAAUGGUGGUUACGCUGAUUGGAUGCUACAGAUAUCCCGACAAGUGCAACACUGA